UCUGGGGAAAGCCCGCGGUAAGGUCGCGGCGGGGGCCGAGCUAGGACUCUGCCCGCAGGCUGAUAGCGUUCCCGCGUAUCGAUGCCGCCGUUCGAGCUUGGGCGGAGCGACGGGGGAGCCGUGCGAUGCGGUGGUUCUCUGCGCGUGGGAGACAUGGUCCUAGUCAUGCCCAGCCUCAGAACUCGCCGUGAGGAGGCAGAAAUGGAGCUCUCAGCUCCAAGACCAUCCCCUUGGACCCCUGCAGCCCAGGCCCCUGUGAGUGAUGCUCCUGCUGUGACCCACCCUGGAUCUGCAGCCUGUGGUCCCCCCUGCUGUAGUGAUACUGAGCUGGAAGCCAUCUGCCCUCACUAUCAGCAGCCAGAUUGUGACACCAGGACUGAAGACAAGGAGUUUUUUCACAAGGAAGACAUUCAUGAAGAUAUGGAAUCACAGGCAGAAAUAUCAGAAAACUGUGCUGGUGAUGUUUCCCAGGUGCCCGAGCUUGGAGAUCUGUGUGAUGAUGCAUCAGAAAGAGACUGGGGAGUCUCUGAAGGCAGGAGGCUGCCACAGUCCCUCUCCCAGGAGGGGGACUUCACACCAGCAGCCCUGGGGCUCCUUAGGGGCGCCUUAGAGGAGAAAGAUCUGGCCUGUAAUGGUUUUGACAGUUGCUUCCGUCUGAGCCCAAACCUGAUGGCAUGUCAGGAAAUCCCUACAGAAGAGAGGCCACAUCCAUAUGACAUGGAUGGCCAAAGUUUCCAGCACUGCGUGGACCUAACUGGUCACGAGGGGGUUCCCACAGCUGAAAGUCCACUCAUAUGUAAUGAGUGUGGGAAAACCUUCCAAGGAAAUCCUGACCUUAUUCAGCAUCAAAUAUUCCACAUUGGAGAGGCUUCCUUUAUGUGCUAUGGUUGUGGGAAAACCUUCAGCCAGCACUCAGUUCUUAAGAGCUGUCAUCCAUCUCAUAUGAGUGAGAAAGCCUGCCAGUGCAGCGAAUGUGGGAAAGCCUUCCGAGGGUGCUCAGACUUUUCUAGGCAUCAGAGUCAACACAGCAGUGAGAGGCCUUAUAUGUGUAAUGAGUGUGGAAAAGCCUUCAGCCAGAACUCCAGCCUUAAAAAGCACCAAAAGUCUCACAUGAGUGAGAAGCCCUAUGAAUGCAAUGAAUGUGGGAAGGCUUUUAGGCGGAGCUCAAACCUCAUCCAACAUCAAAGAAUCCAUUCUGGGGAGAAGCCAUAUGUGUGCAGUGAGUGUGGGAAGGCUUUCAGGCGAAGCUCAAACCUCAUCAAACACCACAGGACUCACACAGGAGAGAAGCCUUUUGAGUGUGGCGAGUGUGGGAAAGCCUUCAGUCAGAGCGCACACCUGAGGAAGCACCAGAGGGUCCACACUGGAGAGAAGCCUUACGAGUGUAAUGAUUGUGGCAAGCCCUUCAGUCGGGUCUCCAACCUCAUUAAGCACCACAGGGUUCACACUGGAGAGAAACCCUAUAAGUGCAGCGACUGCGGGAAAGCAUUUAGUCAGAGCUCCAGCCUUAUUCAGCAUCGGAGAAUUCACACUGGAGAAAAGCCUCACGUGUGUACCGUGUGCGGAAAAGCCUUUAGUUACAGCUCAGUGCUCCGAAAGCACCAGAUCAACCACACAGGAGAGAAGCCGUACAGAUGCAGUGUCUGUGGGAAGGCCUUCAGCCACAGCUCAGCCCUCAUUCAACACCAGGGCGUGCACACAGGUGACAAGCCCUAUGAGUGCCACGAGUGUGGGAAGACCUUUGGUCGCAGCUCCAACCUCAUCCUUCACCAGCGAGUCCACACUGGAGAGAAGCCCUAUGAAUGUACUGAAUGUGGAAAAACCUUCAGCCAGAGCUCAACCCUCAUUCAGCAUCAGAGGAUUCAUAAUGGGCUGAAGCCCCAUGAGUGUAGCCAGUGUGGCAAAGCCUUCAACCGAAGCUCCAAUCUCAUUCACCACCAGAAAGUUCAUACUGGGGAAAAACCCUACACCUGCGUUGAAUGCGGUAAGGGCUUCAGCCAGAGUUCACACCUCAUUCAGCAUCAGAUAAUCCACACUGGCGAGCGCCCCUACAAAUGCAGUGAGUGUGGGAAAGCCUUCAGCCAGCGUUCCGUCCUCAUCCAGCACCAGAGGAUUCACACUGGGGUGAAGCCCUACGACUGCGCUGCUUGUGGGAAAGCCUUCAGCCAGCGAUCAAAGUUGAUCAAACACCAGUUGAUUCACACCAGGGAGUAGCCUGUUGGGCUGGCAGGAGUGAAAUUGAGCAUAGUUUCCUCUCCAGCUCCUCUUUGGCCGUUGUCUCAGCCUCUGCCACUUCCCAGACCAAACGCCUGCAUUCAGCGCACUGCCCCACAUCCAGUGGCCACAUGGCCUGGGACCCUCCUUGGAAACAUCCUUUACGGGCUCCCUUCUCACUGCCACUGCUCUUGCCUCUUGUGAUGUCUUGAGUUUGGGUUUGUUUUUACAGCUUGUGAACAGACUGCACGUUUGUUACAAGGGAGAUUAUGGAGGCUGCAUAUUCAUGAAUAGAGUUUAUUAUUGUAAUCAAAAGUUACCAAAAAAGUAAAGUGACAUUUGGUUUGAGAUAAAAAAAAAAAAAAAAA